UUGGAGAAAGAAUUCUCGCUAAACAUUAUUAGUGGUAAACUAUCGAGCCAACGCCGCCUUUAGAUAGCCACAACCUUUGCUUUUCCAGCUGGACCCUACGUUAAUCUGCCCCCGCCUUAGAUGUUGGGCGGAUAGUGCUAGGUGCUUACUUGUCGGUCUCUCAGCCUCCGAAUGCAGGUUCAGGUUCGCGUGAAGACGUUACUUCGGAGAUGAAGUUUUCAUUUUCAGUCCUCAGGAUCAACUCACGGGGAGUGCUCCAUAGCCGAAGUUUUCCUUGAUAGGUGAUUGUUAUAUUUGGUUUUGAACAGCGAGUGCAGUUUAAGGAGAUGGGGACUCGGCAGGUGAUGUUGGUGGUGCUGCUUGCAUGCGUGGCGCUCACGGUUGUGGAUGGUGCGCGGACUUUGCCCGAAUCAGUGCUUCAGUUGUUUGGAGUUUCUGACAAGGAGAGUGAUUCUUGUGGCCCGCAAGUGAGCAUUGAGACGCCGCAAUGCUCAGUGGUGGAAAAGAGGGACACGUACGAGCUUCGUGACUACAACGUCAAAGAAAUCUGGGUGGAGACAUUGGUUCCGAAUUCAACCUUUGAAAUGGCAUCUUUCACCGGGUUCUACCGCUGCUUCAAUUUCAUCUCUGGCAAGAACUCGAAAAACAUGAAGAUUGAAAUGACUGGCCCAGUGCACAUCAAACCUACCCCUGAUGCCAACGGCUACAAGGUUGCAUUCUUCGUGCCCAGCAGGUUCAAGUCGGUGAACGAUCUGCCCACUCCAUCAGAUCCCAAGGUUCACUUUUACGAGCCCGAAAAAGCUGUGACGGCCGUGAUCGGCCCCUUCGGAGGAUUUCCCACCAACAAGGACUACGAAGCUAAGUUCGAAGAGCUGAAGAAAGCUUUGGAUAAGGAUGGGCUCAAGUAUAAUGAAUCCACCGUUACAUAUGCCGGCUACAGCAGCCCCUUCCAGUUCAAGAACCGCAAGCAGGAAGUCCAUGUUGACCUUGUUUCAUACUAGAUUUUGUUUUGACACGCGGGACCUUGCUUCAGAAGGUGCUCCCUCUAUACAGACAUGAAUGUAUACAUGAUCUUCAGUUUCUUUUAUGGAUAACACCGAACGUUUUGUAAAGCUUUGUUAGUUUCUGAUUUGGUUAGUAUGUUCAGUGGUGAGAGUAAUGAACACCUUCGUGAAACCGAUUCGAGACUCUCAUGAGUUCUUAGAAUAGUUGCAGCUUAAGUCCGUGGUAACUAACUUGUUCUGAGUAGAGCUUUGUAAGACGUUUUAUUGCAUGUUUUAAGACAAGUUCUGGACGGCAUUGGCCAACAUGAAUUCAAAUUUGCAGUCUUGCAAUUUGAGAUAUCAUGGCUCUCAAAUACAUAAAUUUUGUUUCAUGAA